AUACCCCAGCCCCAUGUCAGGCCUGCACCCUCUCUCCCCAGCAUGGAGGAAUGUGAGGCCUUGUGCACGCGGCUGGCCAUCAUGGUGCAGGGUCAGUUCAAGUGCCUGGGCAGCCCACAGCACCUCAAGAGCAAGUUUGGCAGCAGCUACUCCCUGCCGGCCAAGGUCAGAAGUGACGGGCAGCAGGAGGCACUGCAGGAAUUCAAGGCAUUUGUGGACCUGACCUUCCCAGGCAGCAUCCUGGAAGAUGAACACCAAGGGAUGGUCCAUUACCACCUGCCUGGUGAUGACCUCAAUUGGGCAAAGGUGAGCACAUCCCUGGGCAUGGGAGGGAGCACAGCUCUGAUGUCGCCUGCUUUCUAGUGUUUUCUCUUUGGGGUAGAAGUUACGACCAGUGCUGCAGCAGUUCCUCUCUGAUGUCUCCCUGUCAACAUUCACACGGAUUUCAUAGAAUAUAAGAUGUUUGAGCUGGAAGAGACUCUGGAGAUCAGCUUGUCCUCAUU